CCUCAGUCACAUGAACCUGUUGUUGUUGCUGUGAUGGUGACCGGAGCGUUUUCCGAACCAUGUCGCUGUCUGAGGAAGAAUUGCGUCCCUAGGGCGACUCGUUACAUGUUUUAAACGACGCCGUUUAUCCCGAGACAUCAGGGACAUCGAUUCUGUGACGUCAGUGACAGGGAACCAAAGCGUUUCGCAGUCAUGCUGCGGUGGAUUCUGGGUGGUCGUGACGCUCAGAGCUCCGUGGAGAAACGUCAGGUGUUGUGCAUCGGAGAGGAACAACCCAAAAACUGGUUCACUGAGCUGCAGGUGCUGAAAGGACAUUUUGACAUUGUUCGAUUUCUGGUGCAGAUUGAUGACUUCAGAUGUGCGUCUGCGGGCGACGAUGGUCUUGUUCUGGUCUGGAACGUGGAGACUGGCGAGCGUCUGCAGGAGCUGCGUGGCCACUCGCAGCAGAUCACGGCCAUCGCCACCUUCGCCUGCAGCGACGGACCCCUGCGCCGCACGCUGCUGAUCUCCGCCUCGUCGGACCGCAGCCUCAGCCUGUGGGACCCUGACUCGGGGAACCGAGUCCAGAUGGUGUCGGAUCUCCAGUCGUCCGUCAAGUGUCUGCUGGUGCUGGAGCGUCUGGGCAUCUUUGUGUCAGGCGGCGAGGAGGUCUGUGUCUGGAGCAAGGACUUCCACCUGCAGAGUCACCGGCAGAACCACAGCGACACUGGGGUCACUGCUCUGAUCGAGCUGCCUAAAAAUUGCCUCGCUGCUGCCGCUGACAAGGAGAUUGCCAUCUACAGGCUGACGGCCACCGACUCCACCAUCACUCUGUCUGAGCUCCGUCGGCUGUCGGACCACCAGGACCAAAUCAGAGCUCUCAUCAACGUCAACGACGGACUCUUCGCCAGUGGCUCUCACGCAGGUGAGCUGAUCCUGUGGGACGCCGUGGAGUGGAACGUCCUGGCGUACGAGCACAUCCUGUGGGAGGAGCCCUGCAGCCAGGCCGAGAUCCGGAUGGGCUCGUCCAAGCCCAGCGAGAUGUCGGUCCAGCACCUGAGCUCCAACGGAAGGCUGGUCCUGGCCGCAGUGGGCAGUGGGCUAUACGUCUACAGCGUCCUGAGCCGGACCGUCGUGGCCUACAGGAAGGUGGCGCACGACUCCAACGUCCUUCACACGGUGCUGCUGUCCGACAGUGAACUCAUGUCCUGCUCUGAAGACGGAAGCGUGAGGAUGUGGGAGCUGCAGGAUCUACCGCUGCAGGCCGAACCUGCCUCCGCAGGGUUCUUUGGGAUGUGGAACUUUGGGCGCUCCAGUAAGCCAGCCGGACCUCCGUCCAAGAAGAACCCGGAACUUCUGAACCUCAAGACUCUGGAGCUGACGGGCGACUUGAUCGGACACUCGGGCCCGGUGCAGAUGUUCGUGGGCCUCCAGGAGAACGGGCUGCUCACCUGCUCCGCCGACCACCUGCUGAUCCUGUGGAAGAACGGCGAGCGUCAGUCUCGCCAGCGCAGCCUGGCGCUCUUCCGUAAACUGGAGCAGAACGGAGGGCUGUGACCUCCGGUGACCCCGGGAGGUCGUUCCUGCUGCAUUCAUUUGUGUGUUUCUGAAACCAUUGAUUGUUUUUAUGUUUGAGAAUAAAACAGGACGUUUGAAUCCACCAAUCAAGAUUCAGUUCUG